GGGGGAGAGAGAGUGGUACAGGGACCUACACCUCUCUCCGGGCGCAGGUGGGCAGAGCAGGGAGGGGGGCGCCUCAGGACCAGCGCCCUUAUAGCCAAUUUCUGGGGGCGGUUAGCUCCUUUUUUCCCCCCCUUUUUCCGAAGGGUUCUUCAAGGGGUGCGGGAAAGAGACGCAAACACAAAAGUGGAAAACAGUUAAUGACCAGCCACAGCGUCCCUGCUGUGAGCUCCAGCCUCUGCCUCUCGGGCUCCGAGCCACACUCGGGCUGCUGUGGGUGCCAGCUGGAGUAACAUGGCUUAUUGGCCUCAGCUGAGGUUGCUGUUAUGGAAGAACAUUACUUUCAGAAGAAGACAAACAUUUCAGCUGUUGCUGGAGGUGGCCUGGCCAUUAUUUAUCUUCCUGAUCUUGAUCUCAGUUCGGCUGAACUACCCACCCUAUGAACAACAUGAAUGCCAUUUCCCAAACAAAGCCAUGCCCUCUGCAGGAACACUUCCUUGGAUUCAGGGGAUUAUCUGUAAUGCCAAUAACCCCUGUUUCCGUUAUCCAACUCCUGGUGAGGCUCCUGGGGUUAUUGGAAACUUUAACAAAUCCAUUGUGUCUCGCCUGUUCUCAGAUGCUCAGCGGCUUCUUUUAUAUAGCCAGAAAGACACCAGCAUGAAGGACAUACACAAAGUUCUGAGAACCCUGCGGCAGAUUGAAAGUUCCAGCUCAAGCUUGAAACUUCAGGAUUUCUUGGGGGACAAUGAAACCUUCUCUGGAUUCCUGAAUCACAACCUCUCUCUGCCAAGGCCUACUGUGGACAAUAUCCUGGAGGCUAAUGUCAGUCUCCACAAGAUAUUUUUACAAGGCUACCAGUUACAUUUGACCAAUCUGUGUAGUGCAUCAAAACUAGAAGAGAUGAUUCAGCUUAGUGACCAAGAAGUUUUCAAGCUUUGCAGCCUGCCAAGGGAGAAAUUGGAUGCAGCAGAGCAAGUACUUCAUUCCAACAUGGACAUCCUGAAGCCCAUCAUGACAGAACUAAACUCUACAUCUGCCUUCCUGAGUAAGGAACUGUCUGAAGCCACAAGAACUUUGCUGGAUAGUCUGGGGUCACUGACCCAAGAGCUGUUCAGCAUGAGGAGCUGGAGUGACAUGCGGCAGGAGGUGAUCUUUCUGACCAACGUGAACAGCUCUAGCUCCUCCACCCAGAUAUACCAGGCUGUGUCCCGCAUUGUCUGUGGCCAUCCCGAGGGUGGGGGCCUGAAGAUCAAAUCUCUCAACUGGUAUGAGGACAACAACUACAAAGCCCUCUUUGGAGGCAACACCACUGAAGAAGAUGCUGACACAUUCUAUGACAAUUCUACAACUCCAUACUGCAACGAUUUGAUGAAAAAUUUGGAGUCCAGUCCUCUUUCCCGCAUCAUAUGGAAAGCUCUCAAGCCUCUGCUUGUUGGGAAGAUACUGUAUACACCUGACACUCCUGCCACAAGACAGGUGAUGGCUGAGGUGAAUAAGACCUUCCAGGAACUGGCUGUGUUUCAUGAUCUGGAAGGGAUGUGGGAAGAGCUCAGCCCCAAGAUCUGGACCUUCAUGGAGAGCAGCUCAGAAAUGGACCUUGUUCGGAUGCUGUUGGACAGCCGCAGCAGUGACCACUUUUGGGAACAGCAAUUGGAUGGCUUAGGUUGGACAGCCAAAGAUAUUGUGGCAUUUCUGGCCAAGCACCCAGAGGAUGUCCGGUCUACAAAUGGCUCUGUGUAUACCUGGAGAGAAGCCUUCAAUGAGACCAGCCAGGCAAUCCAGACCAUAUCUCGCUUCAUGGAGUGUGUCAACCUGAACAAGCUUGAACCGGUAGCAACAGAAGUUCGGCUCAUCAACAAGUCCAUGGAGCUGCUGGAUGAGAGAAAGUUCUGGGCUGGUAUAGUGUUCACUGGAAUUACUCCUGGCAGUGUUGAGCUGCCCUCUCAUGUCAAGUACAAGAUCCGAAUGGACAUUGACAAUGUGGAGAGGACAAAUAAAAUCAAGGAUGGGUACUGGGACCCAGGUCCUCGGGCUGACCCCUUUGAGGAUUUGCGUUAUGUCUGGGGGGGCUUCACCUACUUGCAGGAUGUAGUGGAGCAGGCCAUCAUCAGGGUGCUGACGGGCAUCGAGAAGAAAACUGGUGUCUAUGUGCAACAGAUGCCCUACCCCUGUUAUGUCGAUGACAUCUUCCUGCGGGUGAUGAGCCGAUCAAUGCCUCUUUUCAUGACGUUGGCCUGGAUUUACUCUGUGGCUGUGAUCAUCAAGGGCAUCGUGUAUGAGAAGGAGGCGAGGCUGAAGGAGACCAUGCGCAUCAUGGGCCUGGACAACGGCAUCCUCUGGUUUAGCUGGUUCAUCAGUAGCCUCAUCCCCCUGCUGAUGAGCGCCGGCCUGCUGGUGGUCAUCCUGAAAUUAGGAAACCUGCUGCCCUACAGUGACCCCAGCGUGGUGUUUGUCUUUCUGUCCGUGUUUGCUGUGGUGACCAUCCUACAGUGCUUUCUGAUCAGCACCCUCUUCUCCAGAGCCAACCUGGCAGCAGCCUGUGGAGGCAUUAUCUACUUCACACUGUACCUGCCCUAUGUCCUGUGCGUGGCUUGGCAAGAUCAUGUGGGCUUCACACUCAAGGUCUUUGCUAGCCUGCUGUCUCCUGUGGCUUUUGGGUUUGGCUGUGAAUACUUUGCCCUUUUUGAGGAGCAGGGCAUUGGGGUACAGUGGGACAACCUCUUUGAAAGCCCUGUGGAGGAAGAUGGCUUCAACCUCACCACCUCCGUCUCUAUGAUGCUGUUUGAUGCCUUCGUCUAUGGGGUGAUGACGUGGUACAUCGAGGCUGUGUUUCCAGGCCAGUAUGGAAUUCCCAGACACUGGUGUUUCCCUUGCACCAGGUCCUAUUGGUUCGGGGAGGAAAGUGAUGAGAAGAGUCACCCUGGUUCCAGCCAGAAGGGAAUAUCAGAAAUCUGCAUGGAGGAGGAGCCCACACACCUGAAGCUGGGUGUGUCUAUUCAGAACCUGAUGAAGGUUUACCGAGAUGGCAUGAAGGUGGCAGUUGAUGGCCUGGCUCUGAACUUCUAUGAAGGCCAGAUCACCUCCUUCCUGGGCCACAAUGGAGCUGGGAAGACCACCACCAUGUCAAUUCUGACUGGCUUGUUUCCUCCCACCUCGGGCACUGCCUACAUUCUGGGGAAAGACAUUCGCUCUGAGAUGAGCGCCAUCCGGCAGAACCUGGGAGUCUGUCCCCAGCAUAAUGUGCUGUUUGACAUGCUGACUGUUGAAGAACACAUCUGGUUCUAUGCCCGCCUAAAAGGGCUCUCAGAGAAGCAUGUAAAAGCAGAGAUGGAGCAGAUGGCCCUGGAUGUUGGUUUGCCACCCAGCAAACUGAAAAGCAAAACAAGUCAGCUGUCUGGUGGAAUGAAGAGAAAGCUGUCUGUGGCCUUGGCCUUUGUUGGGGGAUCCAAGGUUGUCAUUCUGGAUGAGCCUACAGCUGGCGUGGACCCUUACUCCCGCAGGGGAAUAUGGGAGCUGCUACUGAAAUACCGACAAGGCCGCACCAUUAUUCUCUCCACACACCACAUGGAUGAAGCGGACAUCCUGGGGGACAGGAUUGCCAUCAUUUCCCAUGGGAGGCUGUGCUGUGUGGGCUCCUCCCUGUUUCUGAAGAACCAGCUGGGAACAGGCUACUACCUGACUCUGGUGAAGAAGGAUGUAGAAUCCUCCCUCAGUUCCUGCAGAAAUAGCAGUAGCACUGUGUCUUAUCUGAAAAAGGAGGACAGUGUUUCUCAGAGCAGUUCUGAUGCUGGCCUGGGCAGCGACCAUGAAAGUGACACUCUGACCAUCGAUGUCUCUGCCAUCUCUAACCUCAUCAGGAAGCAUGUGGCCGAGGCCCGGCUGGUAGAAGACAUUGGACAUGAACUGACCUAUGUGUUGCCCUAUGAAGCUGCCAAAGAGGGAGCCUUUGUGGAGCUCUUCCAUGAGAUUGAUGACCGGCUGUCUGACCUGGGUAUCUCUAGUUAUGGCAUCUCUGAGACUACCCUGGAAGAAAUAUUUCUCAAAGUUGCUGAAGAGCGUGGAGUAGAUGCUGAGACCUCAGAUGGCACUUUGCCAGCCAGACGAAACAGACGGGCCUUUGGGGACAAGCAGAGCUGUCUUCGCCCAUUCACUGAAGAUGAUGCCAUUGAUCCGAAUGAUUCCGACAUAGACCCAGGUCUGUUUGGGCAAGAAUCCAGAGAAACAGACCUGCUCAGUGGGAUGGAUGGCAAAGGUUCCUACCAAGUGAAGGGCUGGAAGCUCACACAGCAACAGUUUGUGGCCCUUUUGUGGAAGAGGCUGCUGAUUGCCAGGCGGAGUCGGAAGGGAUUCUUUGCUCAGAUUGUCCUGCCAGCCAUGUUUGUCUGCAUUGCAUUGGUGUUCAGCUUGAUUGUGCCACCCUUCGGCAAGUACCCCAGCCUGGAACUUCAGCCCUGGAUGUACAAUGAACAGUACACAUUUGUCAGUAAUGAUGCUCCUGAGGAUGUGGGCACCCAGGAACUUUUGAAUGCCCUCACUAAAGACCCUGGCUUCGGGACCCGAUGUAUGGAAGGAAACCCAAUCCCAGACAUGCCCUGCUUAGUGGGGGAGGAGGAAUGGACCACUGCCCCAGUUCCACAUACCAUCACGGACCUGUUCCAAAAUGGGAACUGGACAAUGGAGAACCCCUCACCUACCUGCCAGUGCAGCAGUGACAAAAUCAAGAAGAUGCUGCCCGUGUGUCCACUGGGGGCAGGGGGUCUGCCUCCUCCACAAAGAAAACAGAAAACUGUGGACAUCCUUCAGAACCUGACAGGAAGAAACAUUUCAGAUUAUCUGGUGAAGACUUAUGUGCAGAUCAUAGCCAAAAGCUUAAAGAACAAGAUCUGGGUGAAUGAGUUUAGGUAUGGAGGAUUUUCCCUGGGUGCCAGUAAUUCUCAGUCACUUCCUCCAAGUCAAGAAGUUAAUGAUGCCAUCAGGGAAAUGAAGAAACUCUUGAAGGUGGCCAAGGACAGUUCUGCAGAUCGAUUUCUCAGCAGCUUGGGAAGGUUCAUGACAGGACUGGAUAAGAAAAAUAACGUCAAGGUGUGGUUCAAUAACAAGGGCUGGCAUGCCAUCAGCUCUUUCUUGAAUGUCAUCAACAAUGCCAUUCUCCGGGCCAACUUGCAGAAGGGAGAGAAUCCUAGACAAUAUGGGAUCACUGCUUUUAAUCACCCCCUGAAUCUCACCAAACAGCAGCUUUCAGAAGUGGCUCUGAUGACCACAUCAGUGGAUGUCCUUGUGUCCAUCUGUGUCAUCUUUGCAAUGUCCUUCGUCCCAGCCAGCUUUGUUGUGUUCCUGAUCCAGGAGCGGGUCAGCAAAGCGAAGCACCUGCAACUCAUCAGCGGAGUGAAGCCCAUCAUCUACUGGCUCUCCAAUUUUGUCUGGGACAUGUGCAACUAUGUGGUCCCUGCCACACUGGUCGUUAUCAUCUUCAUCUGCUUUCAGCAGAAGUCCUACGUGUCCUCCACCAAUCUGCCUGUGCUAGCCCUUCUACUUUUGCUAUAUGGGUGGUCGAUCACACCUCUUAUGUACCCAGCCUCCUUUGUGUUCAAGAUCCCCAGCACAGCUUACGUGGUCCUCACCAGUGUGAACCUCUUCAUUGGGAUCAAUGGCAGCGUGGCCACUUUUGUGUUGGAGCUCUUCACCAACAAUAAGCUGAAUAAUAUCAAUGAUAUCCUGAAGUCUGUGUUCUUGAUCUUCCCACAUUUUUGCCUGGGACGGGGGCUCAUUGACAUGGUGAAAAACCAGGCCAUGGCUGAUGCCUUGGAAAGGUUUGGGGAGAAUCGCUUUGUCUCACCACUUUCUUGGGACUUGGUAGGACGGAACCUCUUCGCCAUGGCCGUGGAAGGGCUGGUGUUCUUCCUCAUCACUGUUCUGAUCCAGUACAGAUUCUUCAUCAGGCCCAGAGCUGUAAACACAAAGCUUCCUCCUCUGAAUGAUGAGGAUGAAGAUGUGAGAAGGGAAAGACAGAGAAUUCUUGAUGGUGGAGGGCAGAACGACAUCUUGGAAAUUAAAGAGUUGACUAAGAUAUACAGAAGUAAGAGGAAGCCUGCUGUUGACAGGAUUUGUGUUGGUAUUCCUCCUGGCGAGUGCUUUGGACUUCUGGGAGUUAAUGGGGCUGGGAAAUCAUCAACUUUCAAGAUGUUAACUGGAGAUACUACUGUCACCAGAGGAGAUGCUUUCCUUAACAAAAAUAGUAUCUUAUCAAACAUCCAUGAAGUACAUCAGAACAUGGGCUACUGUCCUCAGUUUGAUGCUAUCACGGAGCUACUGACUGGAAGAGAACAUGUAGAGUUCUUUGCCCUCUUGAGAGGAGUCCCAGAGAAAGAAGUUGGCAAGGUUGGUGAGUGGGCAAUUCGGAAACUGGGCCUCAUGAAGUAUGGAGAAAAAUAUGCUGGUAACUAUAGUGGUGGCAACAAGCGCAAGCUUUCAACAGCCAUGGCUUUGAUUGGCGGGCCUCCUGUGGUGUUUCUGGAUGAACCAACCACAGGCAUGGAUCCCAAAGCCCGGCGAUUCUUGUGGAAUUGUGCCCUAAGUAUUGUCAAGGAAGGGAGAUCAGUAGUACUUACGUCUCAUAGUAUGGAAGAAUGUGAAGCUCUCUGCACAAGGAUGGCAAUUAUGGUUAAUGGGAAGUUCAGGUGUCUUGGCAGUGUCCAACAUUUGAAAAAUAGGUUUGGAGAUGGUUAUACAAUAGUUGUACGAAUAGCAGGGUCCAACCCUGAUUUGAAGCCUGUCCAGGAAUUCUUUGGACUUGCCUUUCCAGGAAGUGUCCUAAAAGAGAAGCACCGGAACAUGCUGCAAUACCAGCUUCCAUCCUCGUUAUCUUCUCUAGCCAGGAUCUUCAGCAUCCUUUCCCAGAACAAAAAGCGACUCCAUAUAGAAGACUACUCUGUUUCUCAGACAACCCUUGACCAAGUAUUUGUGAACUUUGCCAAGGACCAAAGUGAUGACGACCAAUUGAAGGACCUGUCAUUACACAGAAACCAGACUGUAGUGGAUGUUGCGGUUCUCACAUCUUUUCUGCAGGAUGAGAAAGUGAAAGAAAGUUAUGUAUGAAGAAUACAGUUUGUACAAGGUGGCUGGACAAAAGGGGUAAAUAGCCCUUCCUUUGCACCAUGUGAAGUGCUCCAGAGGAAAGAGCUAGAAGUUUUUGUGGGAAGAAUUAAACUGGAUACUGUACUGAUACUAUUCAAUGCAAUGCAAUUCAAUGCAAUGAAACAAAAUUCCAUUACGGGGCAGUGCCUUUAUAGCCUAUGUCUUGUAUGGCUCUCGAGUGAAAAAGACUUGAAUUUAGUUUAUUACUUUAUUAUACUAUGUGAAACUCUAGUAUGGAACCCAAUGGACAUAUGGGUUUGAAAUGCUUUUUUUAUUCCUUUGUAUUCUCACUGGGGUUGCAACAACAAUUCACCAAGUAAUCAUGGCCAAUGAUUAUGAAAAUCAAAAGGCAUACACAUUCUUAUUCAUUAAGCCGUGCUAUGCCAGAAGACUGGUCUCCCAGUGACACAUCCAUUGCUGGCAAUGAGUACACCAGAAUUACUAGUGCCAAGUUGCUCAGAAAGCAUGAAGGACCAUGGUGUGUCAUGCACACGUUUGUGAAAGCUGCUCUUCUCAGAGUCUAUCAUUAAAUAUCAGGUGACAAAAGGUGCCAUGUGUCGGGAAAAUCCUACUUUGAUUCCCUUUGAUGAGCUGCUCUGGAGGUGGUAACAUACAAAUUGUUGGUGCCUCUAGGCAAGUGAGGCUUGGUUCUACUGUUACAUUGUCCCUCACUUGGAGCCAUGGGUCUCCAGGGUCAUCUUUCUGGUACUCUUUAAGUAUACUUAGAUGCUGGUUGGAAGCAAAAAAUCAGCCAAAUUGUUGGGGCUGCAAGCUGCUGAGGUCGUCAUGAGAUAAAAGAGAUGGCAUGUUCAAACCCAGGGAGGCCUAUGUCUGUUUGUCCUGGUUAUCUACUAACAUGGUACAUUGCAUCUCAAGAUCUUAUUGUUUGACAUAAGUGUAGUAUUAUUUCUGGCUUUCUGAACUAGGUAAACUUAAAAAGAUGGAGCUGUAAUUUGACAAAAAUCUUUGUACUUUAAUGUUAUCUGGUUUAAGUUGUCAGUGAUUUCUGAAACCUUAGAAUGGCCUCUUUGUAGAACCCCGUGGCAUAGAGGAGUAUGGCACACUGCUUUGCUAGCUUUAUUUUCUCAUGUAAGUUUGCAGAUGGAUCAGCUGUCUAGUGCUUAGUGAUUAGAAAACAAUGUGAUGGUCAAGAUCUCAUGACAUUAUGUUUGAGUUCUUUAAGAUCUUUUAACAUACUCACAAUCUCAGUUUGUUAACCAAGUAUUUUUUGAGUGUAUGUUAUAGUUGAAUGAGUAUAUGUAUGUAUGGAUUGGAUGAAGAGAAAUUAAGUCAAAGUAGAUUUCCUGUGCCAUUAGUAAGUCCACUAACUGAUUUAAAAUUUAAAAUAAUGUGUUUUUUUUUUUUUUUUUUGUGGUUGUGGAACCCCACUGAAAUACUAGGCAGUCCACUUUUUGAAAAUAUCAACAAUGCAAAAAAAGCCAAGAAAGUGUCAGUGUCACAAGGGUCACAAGAGUGAACGAUGGAUGCCGGCACAGAGAAGGCGGCUGGCUACAAAACUUGUUGAACACAAUUUGUGCUUAUGACAUUUAGUACUGUCAAAUGGUUGGCUUUGAAGAUUUUAAACACCCCAUUAUCCCCAUUAUGACUAUCUCAAAUUUGUCACCUCUUCAAUCACUAACCUAUCAUGAAAAAAUUAAAAACAGCAAAUGCCCCAUAUGAAGUUUAUUUCAGACUUUUCUAACUCAGUCUUUUUUUUAUAGUAAACACUUCACAAAAAUAUUAUUUCACUAAUGCUUAAUGUUAUCUGUCUUGAGACAACAAAAAUAUGAGAGAACUAGAGUUCAACUGAUCUAUCACUAUCAUUACAAAUUUCUUUUUUUUCUAAGUUUUUAACUCUAUGAAGGUGUAGUAUUUCAGAUCUAUUUCACAUCUAUAUUUUUUUCUUUUAUCAUUUACAGACUGUUACAUAACUCACUGCUUGGAAAAGAAAAUGUCUUUUAGAAAGUAAUGCUAGUACUGUUUUCUAAAAUGAUAAGUAACGAAGGCAUAUUUCCAAUAUUCAUUGGCAUAAGAUCAGUAUAUUUUAUGCUAUCUUUAAUUAUCUAAAAUUCAUAGAAUAGUUUCUCCUAUCAAACUUAAGUAUUUUCCAUUUCACUAGAAUCAUGUUCUAGUUCUCUAAAUCCAUGAGCAGCUCUUCUUGCUUUAAUUACUCUGACUUCAAGGCCAUAUUAAAAAAAAAAAAAGGCACUGUGAACAAGUUUGAAAAAAACAACUUUUCAAUAUAGAUUUAAAGGAUCUCUUCUGAAGCUGGAAACAAUCUACAGUUACACAUUGAUUUCAUUGAUACUGUUACCUUUUAGACUAUUAAACUCGUUAUCUUCUAAAUUUUCCUGUGUAAGCCUCCUUACAGCAGAAACUUUUACCAACUCUCAGUUGAAAUUUCCAUACAUUCCCUGUGGAAAUAUAACUGUGAAUUUAAAAAAAAAUUUCAAGAGUGUUUUAAGAUUUCUGCUUUGGUUUCUUUUCGAAACCUCUAACAACUGUAAACAGGAAAAAUACAAAAGAAAACAGUAAGAAGCCCUCUGUAUGUAAAUGUCCAACACAGUUCAUUAUUAAAAAACAACCAAACCUCAAACUACUGUAUUUCAAGAUCUAUACUGAAAGCAUUGUGACUAUUUAAUGUUGCAUAUCGUUCAUUCCCUGCAUAGUAAUCACUGAUUAAAGGGGAGUUGUCUGUUUUCUUGUGGUUGUAUGCAUCAGGUAAAAUUUUUUCCAAAGAGCCCUGUGUCAUAAUAUUGAACCACUCUGAUACUGAGAUAUUAAUUUGUACUUCUGUUACUAUUUACUAGGAAUAAUAUAUACAGUAACAUAGCUCUAAUUCUCUUCAAAGUUGUUGCAUCCCUUUUUAUAGAAUGUUUGUAUUUCUGUAAGGAUUAAGAAUUCUACUCUCCCUUCUUACCCUAGGACAAAACUAUGUUUUUGUGCUUUUUAUCAUUGGCCCAUCAUUCCAAGCACUUUAUGCUACUCGAAUGGUAUCUAUUUUUGCACUGGAAUAUCAGAGAACUGCAAAACUAGACAAAAGUUUCACAAUAGAUUUCUAAGUUAAAUCAUUUUCAGAAAAGGAAAAAAACAAAAAAAAUUUGUAUUGUCAGUAACUUUAUAUGAAAUAUUAAAGCAUAUUUCUAUGUUGUAAUGAGUCAUGAAAUAAAGCUGUGACAAGUUUU